AUGUCUUUUCGUUAUGUUGCUCCACAAGCUUACCAAAAAUAUGGUUAUACCCCCGUUCAAAAUGAUAAAAUUAUUGACAUAAAUGAAGAGGGGUACACUCCGACCGACGAGAGAUCAUCCAUGGAUGGGUUGGCGGCGCAGCAACCUUUUCCUAAUAACUAUUUUAUGAUAAGAAAAGAAUUCUUUGAUAGUAAUGUAUGGAGCAUGUGCAAACCCAAGGUUCCGUGGAAAGGUCCAAAAGAAUUUGAAAUCGAUCCUAAAGAAUUCAGUAACUUUGAAAUGAUCAUAACUGGCAACGCUUCUCAGGGAAAUAUUUAUGUAUCACAAUCAUCAUCAGAGCAAAGUAAUUUUUCAUCAUUAAUAAACGUUUCGGUACAAAUAUUACUUAGUCAUGAAUCUUUACAAAAUAGAGUUUCGGUGAUUUCGUCAUAUGAUUCAUCAAACUGUCGUCUUCAAGUAAUGACCCCUGGAAACGUUUCAUUUCCAAAUUGUAUAUCAGUAAACGUUAAUAUUACAUUUCCCAAGAGUUUAAAAAAAUUUGGAAAUUUCUUUAUAAACGUAAUUAAUCAUCAUAUCAACGAUGACAAUUUGGAUAAUAUCACUUUUAAUUAUAUUAAUUGGAAAUCAAUUCAAUCUAUAAAAGCUAAGAGUAUAAAAGCGCGUGAGAUUGCCAUUCAAUCACUUGGAAAUAUAUCGGGAAAUUUUUAUAUUGACAAGACUCUCAAAUUCAAAACAAUUGAUGCUCGAAUAGAUGCUAUUGUUAAAUCCUUUACUAAUUCAACACCGGAAUCCAUUUGUCUCUUAACGUCAAAUUCAAUCAUUCAAGGGUCUUAUCCUUUUGCGCAUUUAUUUGAGGGCCAUACGUCAAAUGGAAAAAUUUAUUUAAAUGUAACUGGUAAAUCUCAAAGAGGAGGUAAAAUCAUUUUAACCACGAACAAUGGAAAUAUUGGUGGAAGAUAUGAUGUUAGUAGCGAAUGGCAUGCUUCAACAAGUAAUGGUAAUAUUAAUGUUAAAUUAAGUCUUGCUAACACAACGGUUGAUAAGCUGAUUCGAAUAUCUGGAAAAACUUCAAAUGGACACAUCAACACUUUGGUGUCUGAUCUAUAUAAAGGUCGAUUUCGUUUGCAAACAUCAAAUGGAAAGACUAAUAUUGAGGUGUGCGCAAAUGCUUGUGCACUAUACAAUAGUCAUAAUACAAAAUUGGAGGAACAACAACUUCUUGCAGAAGAAUUCCCUGUUAAUAAUAUUUUUGAGACCAUCACGGAUUGCAGUAAUGACAAUGACAUCCUUAUCAUUGAGAAUAUUUUUAUAUCACCAGACCCACCACGUAGGGGUGAAAAUGUAUACAUUAAUGCCAGCGGUUUCUUGAAAAAAACUGUUGGAUUUGGAAGUUAUGUUGAUUUGACCGUAAAGCUUGGUUUAAUCAAGCUUUUACAUCAAAAACUUGACUUAUGCGAACAAGUAGAAAAAGUCGAUAAAAGUUGUCCUCUUAAAGAAGGAGAACAGUAUUUAGAGACUACUGUUACAUUACCAAAAGAAAUUCCAUUUGUAAGUAUCCAUAAUAUUAAUCUUCAAGCGUUCUCGAUUUUUGUUUUGUUGUCAUUUAUUAAUAAUUCUUUGUUAUCAAAUGGGAUAAAGGGUAAAUAUACUGUAGAAGCUUAUGUUUAUACGAUAAAUGAGGAAAGAAUUACUUGCCUCAAAGCAAACGUCAUGUUCAAACCAUGA